AUGACCAACGAAAACGAAGUAUUUCCGCGCUACAAAGUAAAAGCACUCGAGCUCUCCGAGAUAGGAGAAGAAGCCAUUCUUUUUGCAAGGAACGAAAUGCCUGGGAUAAGACACUUAUCAAAAACAUACGGUGAAACAAAGCCACUGAAAGGCGCAAGGAUUGCCGGGUGUCUGCACAUGACCGUGCAAACAGCAGCAAUGAUUGAGCUAAUUGUGGAAAUGGGCGCAGAGGUGGCCUGGUGCUCCUCCAAUGUGCUUAGCACGGAGGAUAAGGCAGCAGCCGCCCUUGCAAGUAGGGGAAUAAGCAUAUACGCAUGGAAAGGAGAGACAGACGAAGAGUACAAGUGGUGUCUUCGCGCUGUUUUAUCUAAGUGGGAGAAUGGCCCAAAUAUCGUGAUUGAUGAUGGCGGUGAUCUAACGAAUCUUUUGCACACUGACUACUCUCAUCUGCUCCCUGGGAUCAUAGGACAGACAGAGCAGACAACCACGGGAACACACAUCCUUGAAAAGAUGCACAAGAACGGGAUACUGAAGAUACCAGCUAUCUGCAUAAACGAAAGCGUCAUGAAGAGCAAGUUUGACAAUAUAUACGGAUGCAGAGAGUCUCUAACAGACGGAAUAAAAAGAGCAACAGAUGCGAUGAUAGCAGGGAAGCGCGUGCAUAUUUGCGGAUUUGGAGACGUAGGAAAAGGCUGUGCCCAGGCCAUGGCUAAAAUGGGCGCAGUGGUGACGAUUUCCGAAGUAGAUCCUAUCUGCGCAAUGCAGGCUGUGAUGGAGGGCUACCAGAUCAGAACAGUUGAUCAGGUGGCAGAAGAAGUGGACAUUUGGGUCACAGCCACAGGGAAUAGAGACAUUCUUACAGCCAGCACAAUUUUGAGAAUGAAAGACAUGGCAAUUUUGUCAAAUAUCGGACACUUUAAUGUGGAGAUAGAUGCAGAGUGGGUCUACAAGGACGCAAAGAAAAUUGUCUCCAUAGGAAACAACGCAGAAAGAAUAGUUUUGUCGAAUGGCAGGUCAGUCAUACUGCUGGCUGAGGGAAGACUCGUUAACCUGGGCUGUGCCACAGGACACUCCAGCUUUGUUAUGAGCACAAGCUUCUCUUGCCAGGUGCUGGCUGUUCUUCGGCUGUGGAGAGAGUUUGAAGCCAGCAGCGAGAACAGAGGCGCAGUCCUCUUUUUAACGAGAGAAGAGGACGAAGAGAUAGCAAGGAUGCACUUAGAGGGAAUAGGCCAUACUUUAACCAAGCUUACACCGGUGCAGGCAGAGUAUCUGAAUGUUCCAGUGUCAGGGCCGUACAAGAGCGAGAGUUACAAGUACUAA